AUGGUCUACGCGUUCGUUCUCCCAACAACCUCUCCACUGUCAUUUCAGUCCUUCAUCACCUCUUCUACACAUCCCUCUCUUCCUCAGGUUGCCUCAAGUACGCGUCAUGCCCUCCGCCUCGCCCUCAAGGCUCACAAGCGCCUACCCGGCGGCGCGCGCCAGGACGCCCACCUACCCACCGUUCUCUCCGCAUUGAACGACUACAUACCCUUAAUUUUCACGAUAUCGCACGUCCUCAGCAGUAGACCCCUUGCAAAUGACGGCCCAGCCUCGGGUGGCAGUGUCUUUGCAGAGAAGCUCCCAUCCGGGGAAACCAUCGAGAUAACACUCCGCGCGGAGAUCGAAUUCGCCUGGAAGCCCACUUUAUCCGCCGGAAAUGCAUUGAACAUAGGCUCUUCUAGCUCCGGAAAGAAAUCACUGCGCGCUCGAGGUGGCCGCAUCGCAGGUCGAGGUAUUGAUUUUGAGGUCGCAUUUACUCUCACAACGCUCGGCUAUGUACUAAGUCGCCUGGCGCGUACGGGCGUCGUGGAAUCGCUAUAUGCGUUGACGACGCCGACAGCUGAGCAGCGCACUGUCGCUGUGCAGACUGCGAUGAAAUAUCUACUACAAGCUAGCUCGGUGCAUGACUUGCUUGCAUCGUCGCCUGCUUUCGCGGCGGCUACGACAUCUGCAGUGCCGGAUAUCGAUGCUUCGACGCAGUUUGCGCUGGCGAAGUUGGCAUUGGCCGAAGCUACGCUGCUGGCUGUUUUGAAGGAUGAUGCAUAUGUUGUUGCGUGUAUCCAGUCGCGGAAUCCGAAUGAUAAGGAGUGGAUGGUACGCGCGCCGGAGAUUCCCAAGGUCAGGGCACUUGUGUUUGCGAGAUUGUGUACGAGGGCUGCGGAAUAUGCUAAUCAGGCCACUGCUGGCCUUGGGGCUGUUGGGUCCUCGGGAAGGACACGGGUGGAUGAGGAUGUCAUUCGGUAUGCUGGUGUGCUAGAGAGAGUGGCUCGUGCUCGGGGUUGUCGGUUCUUCGGUGUUGAUGCUGAAUUGGCUGGGAAGGUGGGCGAGGGUAUUGCUUGGCUACGCGGUGCGCGGACUACACUUGCCCUUCGUGGGGGUGUAGAUGAAAUUGGUGAGAAGAAGGGCGGCUUCUCACGAUUGAAACGCGAGUGGAAUGAACGCCGCGAAGAGAAGAAGAUCAACAAGGACGCUGGUGGUGGACGCAGCGAUAAGGGCCCUCUGGCACCCAGAGAUGAUGCUGGCCGGGAGGAAGAAGGCCGUGUCAUUGACAUGCUGGAGACAAAAUGGGUGCGCAUGAAUGACACGAUGAAUACCCAGAUUAUCCCAUCACCAGCCUCGUUGCUAUCUAACAUUCCUUCUGGUCGAGAUAUUCACCAAACUCCGGUCCCAUACAAGCCCCCAUCCCUGGAAGAGGACCAAUUGGCACGCAUGCGGGCCCCGCCGGAUGAACACCAGCAAUUGCACUUCGGAAGCGACCCCGACGAUAGUGACGAGGAAGCGCUACCGGAGCCUCGAGGUCCACCGGGUGGCUUCCCAGAUCGGAGCGAGACUGCUUCCAGCGCGUACUAUUAA